CUGCGCCUGGGUGGAAGAGGCCAAGCAGGGGUGCCGAAGCCUGAAAGCGAGCUCUAGGUAAGAUAGGAGAGGACCCAACGAAGAAGAAGAAGAGUAUAGGCUGGGAGAGGUCCAAGAUUCCCACUGGACCUUGGUUCCCUUCUCUUUUUCUUGGCUCAUUGGAGAAGGUCCUGGCACAUCUGGGUUCGUGGCGGCUGGUGCAGAAAGUAUCAUCAGGUGGCGUGACCGUGGCCCAAGGCUAUUGAUUGGUGGCCACACCCUUCGAUUACGAUUUACGAACUCUGUGCGGCCGCAGCACUUGGAGAUCUCCGCCGCUAAAUCCCAGCGCUUGCCACGGUUUUGUCCAAGGCAACCUUCCUGUAAAUCAAAGAAAGGGGGCUUGGAUUUUUGCGAUAAAAAAUCUCAAGAACGCGGUGUUAAAAAUUGGGGGAUUUCUCCAGUCCCGUCUGGUUGAUUCUUGGGCUUGGACAUGGAGAGGCAAGUCAGCUUCCGUCUGGGCGCGCUGGAGAAGCUGAAGAGCUUCCGGGGGAUGGACAAUUUCCGAGGGAAGAGCAAGGACAGCCCCGGCAAGCGCGGGGAUACGGCGCUCCACCUCGCCGCGAGGGCCGGCAGCAUCCCCCAUGUCCAGAAGAUCCUCGCCGAGUUUGACCGGGAGCUGGUCGGGGAACUGGCGGCGCGGCCGAACCUGGACGGGGAGACGGCGCUGUACGUGGCCGCCGAGAGGGGGCACACCGAGGUGGUGCGCGAGAUCCUCAAGGUCUCCGAUGUGCAGACGGCGGGGAUCAAGGCCAGCAACAGCUUCGAUGCUUUCCAUAUCGCGGCGAAGCAGGGCCAUCUGGAUGUUUUGAAGGAGCUGUUGCAGGCCUUUCCUGCCCUAGCUAUGACUACAAAUUCUGUAAACGCUACAGCUUUGGAAACUGCUGCCAUUCAGGGUCACAUUGAUAUUGUCAACCUCCUACUGGAAACUGAUGCCAGCCUUGCCAAAAUUGCGAGAAAUAAUGGGAAAACAGUUUUGCAUUCAGCAGCAAGGAUGGGCCAUGUGGAAGUUGUAAGAUCAUUGCUGAAUAAGGAUCCGGGGAUUGGUUUAAGAACAGACAAGAAGGGGCAAACAGCACUGCAUAUGGCGUCGAAAGGAACAAAUGCUGAAAUUGUGGUCGAAUUGUUGAAGCCUGAUGUCUCAGUUAGCCAUCUAGAAGACAACAAGGGGAACAGGCCACUGCAUGUUGCAGCUCGGAAGGGCAAUAUCAUUAUAGUGCAGACUCUACUAUCAGUUGAGGGGAUUGAUGUCAAUGCAGUUAAUAGAUCUGGAGAGACUGCUCUUGCCAUUGCUGAGAAGGAGAACAAUGAAGAACUUGUUAACAUCUUGAGGGAUGCCGGUGGAGUAACCACAAAUGAGCGAGUGCAUCCAGCAAAUCCAGCAAAGCAACUUAAGCAAACCGUGAGUGAUAUUCGACAUGACGUCCAGUCCCAGAUCAAGCAAACACGUCAGACCAAGAUGCAAGUCCAGAAGAUCAAGAGCAGGCUCGAGAAGCUCCACAUCGGCGGGCUAAACAACGCCAUCAAUUCCAACACCGUCGUCGCUGUUCUUAUCGCCACCGUCGCCUUCGCUGCCAUAUUCACUGUACCUGGCAACUUCGUAGAGGAUAUGAGCCAAGCGCCCCCGGACAUGACCCUGGGGCAGGCGUACGCGGCUAGCAACCCUGCCUUCCUAAUGUUCCUGGUGUUCGACUCCCUGGCCCUCUUCAUCUCUCUGGCUGUCGUGGUCGUCCAGACCUCCCUCAUCGUCGUUGAGCAGAAAGCCAAGAAGAGGAUGGUGUUUGUGAUGAACAAGCUAAUGUGGCUCGCGUGCCUCUUUAUCUCUGCAGCCUUCGUCGCUCUGACCUACGUGGUAGUCGGCCGCGGCGACUGGUGGCUGGCCUGGUGCACGAUGGCGAUCGGUGCAGUGAUCAUGCUGACCACCCUCGGGUCCAUGUGCUAUUGCAUCGUCGCACACAGGAUGGAGGAGAAGAGCAUGAGGAAGAUCAGGAAGGCGUCUGGGAGCCAGUCCCGCUCAUGGUCCAUGCCGGUCGACUCAGACAUGGACCCAGAGGCGAUGAUGAACACCGAGUACAAGAAGAUGUAUGCGCUGUAAAGAUGAGUCUAACAACCGCAUCAACAAGAGGAUAUGUACAUAAUUAAGCGUUGCUUUGCUCGAGGCUGUUCGAUCGAAUGAUCAGUAACAUUCAGUGGGGAUUGGCAUGAUCUGAAUGAAGCAUAUAUGGUGCCUAUAUUUAGCUGAAGGUACUUUUGCUGCCAAAACAAAAUCCCACAGUUGUGCUUGUAUUGUGCUGGCCUGUAGGCUUGAUUCCCAGCUGAAAGUUAGACAUCUUUCAAGUGGCCUUUUGUAAGCAUAAUUUUGCAUGAGUACCUGCAGGUGAAAGUCAGCUAAAAAGAAUGUUUUUCUCCUGAA